AUGACAAGUAGAAAUGAUUCCAAGCCUCCCACCGACCAUAUUGAGGAUGCGACAAACUCCGGAAUUGGAGACAACAAUACUGGAGACGCCGCCUUGGCGCUCUUCAAUGAUCCCAAAGAAAUGCAUGCAUUUGUGGAUCCUGCCGAGGAGAAGCGCCUCAUUCGAAAAAUUGACUUGAUGAUACUUCCAUGCCUAUCCGUGUGCUAUAUCUUCUUCUAUAUUGACAAAACGACGCUAUCCUAUGCCGCGAUCUUUGGAAUCAGCAAAGAUUUACAUAUCGUCGGAACCCAAUAUAGUUGGCUGUCAUCAAUCUUCUAUUUUGGUUUCCUUGCCUGGCAACUGCCAACCAAUCUCUUGAUGCAGCGAUUUCCCACUGCAAAAUAUCUCAGUUUGAACAUUAUCGUCUGGGGUAUUCUUCUUGCACUCCAGGCUGUAACAAGGAAUUUCGCCACACUAGCCGUUCUCCGAGGACUGAGUGGCGCUGCAGAAGCGUGUGGUGAUCCAGCUUUCAUGUUGAUAACUGGAAUGUGGUAUACAAGGCGCGAACAACCUAUCAAGAUUGGGCUGUGGUACUCUUCUCUGGGCCUUGGAAUCGCGGGGGGUGGUCUGCUGGGCUAUGCAAUUGGUCAAAUCAAAGGGUCACUACCAAGCUGGCGGUACGAAUUUAUCAUCAUCGGAGCCCUUUGCGUCGCUUGGGGCAUUGUAAUGUUCAUCGUGCUCCCCGAUUCUCCAGUCUCGGCCCCGCUCCUGUCCAUGGACCAAAGAAAACUAGCAGUCGAGCGACUGCGGGAAAAUCAGACUGGAAUCGAGAACAGAAAUUUCAAGCGUUACCAACUGAUUGAGGGUUUCACAGACCUCAAGGUGUUGUGCUUCUUCUUCAUUGCUCUUCUUCAGGCAAUCGUGAAUGGGGGUAUCACUAACUUCGGUACACUGAUUGUGAAGGGCUUUGGGUACACAACUUUGGGAACGACACUCCUGCAAAUACCUUACGGAGUCUUCAUUGCUCUGGUCAUUCUAUUUUGUGUCUGGGUCAAUGACAAGAUGCCACCUAACAGCAGAUGCCUAAUGAUCUUGGUAUUUCUUUUCCCCAACAUUGCCGCUGCAUUUGGUCUACGAUUUGUGCCCCGAGGUGCCAAAGUAGGACGGCUAAUCUGCUACUAUGUAAUGUUUACCACAAACUUCCAGGAAUGGCGGGAGCAAAUGCUAAUUCUGUAUCAGUUGACGGGAUCUUACAAUGCCUCUUUUGUGAUGCUUCUCUCCUUGACGACUGCUAAUAUCGCCGGACACACGAAGAAAGUCACAAGCAGUGCUUGCCUGUUCGUCGGAUAUUGUGUUGGAAAUAUUGCUGGUCCUUUCUUUUAUAAGACUAAUCAGGCCCCGGAAUACUCCCUCGGUAUCUGGAGCAUGAUAGUCUCACAUCUUCUUGAAGUUGUGGUCGUUGUGUUCUUGUGGAUCCUGCUGAAGCGUGAAAAUCAAAGGCGGGAUAAUCUCCAGAAUGGCCCCGGUGUUCAGGGUGAAGGGUCUGGCUUCGAUGUUGACUUGUCGGCAUUCAGCGACAUGACAGAUAAGGAGAACCCUAACUUUAGAUAUGUCUACUAG